UACACUUCCGUCGUAGAUCUCUCAUCCCACUUCUCUAUUGUGAAAUGCUACAUGUUUCCUUCAGAUCAGUCCUUCUAUCUCUGAUGAGUUGAAUUUACAUCGACAAUGCUUCGCUCUCUCGAUCGCUGCUACCAGCGCCUAGUCCAAGUUACUUUAAUUGCGCUAUCGUUAAUGAACCCAAUUGAAAGCCAUUCAAAGAACCUUAUUAUCGAUACCGAUAUAUUUAGCGAUGUUGAUGACGCUGGCGCUCUCCUACUGGCAUCCACAUUACCGCACGUGAAUAUUCUAGCCGUAAACGUUAAUUAUCCUUCGUCGUACUCUGCUCUCGCCGCCUCUGCUAUCUUGGCCUACUACGGGCACGCAAAUGUUCCAAUCGGACUCCGCAGACCUAUCACGAACGAGUCCUUUUUUGACGAUUGGGCUUAUGAGCUAGGCGAGUAUACAAGCAAAGUUGCGUAUCACUGGUCUAAUGGAACCUUGCCCUGGGGAAAUGCGAGCAAGUCGUGGGAGCCAGUGGAACUUUAUCGAAAGACACUGGCAUGCCAGGAGGAUAGGAGCGUUACGAUUGCCUCGAUUGGAUUUUUGGAGAAUCUCUCCGCGCUCCUCAACUCUACUGCAGAUGAGUACUCUCAGUUGUCCGGUCGAGACCUCAUUGCAAUAAAAGUAAAAGAGCUCGUCGUCAUGGGCGGUGGAUACCCGUCUGGAUAUGAGUUCAACUUCUUCGGCGACGAUCCCGGAGUUACUGCUCAUGCUGUGAACAAUUGGCCUGGCUCUAUCACGUUCUCUGGGACCGAGCUAGGUGGAAACGUCUCUUCCGGCGCUCGAUUGACCGUCGAGGCCCCUUCACAUGACCCCGUUGCUGCGGCGUAUGGGUGGUAUAUAGGCUACAACAACACUCGGUUCUCGUGGGAUCCGCUUACGGUGCUUUAUGCCAUUUCUGGGCUUGGGGAGUGGUUUGAGUAUGGCAAUGGGAACGGAUAUAACUUUGUCUAUCCGAAUGGCUCGAACGAAUGGGUUUACGAUGAGGAAAGAAAGGACCAGCACUGGCUGAAUUUGGCGGUCAGCAACGUGACGGUUGCCCAGAAACUCGACAAACUUUUGCUUGACGGUGCCGGAGCAGUGUGAUAGAAUCAGCCAUAGUUCACCUGUCUAUAAGGGGCGGCUUUUAGUGGGUAGGCCCUAAUGGUUUUAUCUAGAGUCUUCUGAUAACCUCGGGUGCUCCAGCUGCCUGAACAAUUAAUCUAGUGCCCGGUCUGUACGUUUGUUCGCCGAAUAAUAAGUCCGGGGGAUC